AUGCUGACCACUCAAGCUACAGCUCAAUGGGGUUGGGGCGGUUAUGGAUAUCCAGGCUAUGGUUAUGGUGGCUACCGCCCUUGGGGAUUUGGAGGGUAUGGAGGUUACGGCGGUUACGGCGGUUACGGCGGUUACGGCGGUUACGGCGGCUAUGGCACCAAUCCACUUCAAGGUGCUUUACGAGGAGCUUUGAUGGGCGGAUUGAUGGGUGCAAUGAACGGAAAGAAAUAA